CCGAGGUGAAAGUCGGCCAUUACCUUCUAACUUUCUGAACCCUUUUUAAGAAGUUUAUAAUUUUAAAACAUCUGCGAAAAGAAAUGCCUUUGACUGCCGCCUUGCAAGCUCGACUCAAGCGAAGAGGAAUUGUGGCAAAAGCUGUUGAAGAGCCAAAGAAAGAUGGSCAGACAAGUUCACAGAAUGAGCCAGUGAAAGGAUGUCCAAACAGAACCAAUCCUCACCAUGAGUGCGUGGAAUACUGCCGUACAAGAUGGGGAAAUAUUGAUCCUACACAAGCACCACACAUCAAGGACUACAGUCAUGUUCCACUCCCACCUGGAUGGUACUUUGUGCCUGAUUAUAGCAAUGGAAAACACUAUUAUUGGAAUACUACAACAAACCAAGUGUCCUGGCUUCAUCCACUUGAGGUGACUGGAGCAGUGGCUUAAGUCAGAAAGGUGAAGCCAAAACGGGAGUUGAUGUGACAGCGACUGGCCCUCUGUUYCAACAACGACCUUACCCAAGCCCUGGAGACAUCCUGAGACAGAACAUGAAGUUAUCGUCUGGUGGGGAAUGAUAUGACACUUUGAGAUUCAAUGUAAAUUUUAUUUUAGACCAUGUAAGGACGAUAAAGGCCCGUUUACACUUGCGAUUUUUGCAGGGCGAUUCUGGCGGCGAUCGUCGCGCGAUCAUCGCCUAAGUUUCGAACAUGCUUGAAAAUUGGCUGAAACUUCGCGGCGAUUUUCCAUCGUCGCAAUAAUCGCAGGGCUGUUUACACGUACGAUUUUAGUUGCGCGAUAGCAAAGUGGUGAUUAUCGCGCUGCAAAAAUCGCAAGUGUAAACGGGCCUUAAGACACUACCGUCCUAAAAGUCGUUGCGAUACCCAUGAACAGGAAAUGGAUAUAUGAGACGCAAGAAAACAUUAUACAGUUAUACCUUACAAAUGUUGGAUGAUGCAUGUCAUCAACACUACAAGGCGACACUUCGCUACCUUGUUUGAUAGUGUUGGAUGUAAACGGCUGUUGUGAAUAAAGUUAUGUUCACCAUUUUACUUCGUUA